AUGAUAAAAGCAGCUACUUACGUUGAUCGGGUAUCACCACGAAUUUUUCAACCAAAAGUAAGAGAAAAUUGUUUAGAUGUUGAAGAAAGAAUUGCUCGUAUAACUGAUAUUAAAAGAACUCGAGUUGAUUUAUUUAAUGUAACAAGAGGUUCCAAUGCAACACGUGAAUCACGUAUGGAAUCUGUACUGUGGGUGGCUGUUUGUAAAUUCGAUUGUAAGAUAGAAGGUGGCUUUGUGCGCGAUUGGGUUGUUGGUAACUAUACACAGCGUCCAACUAAUUUAAAAAAGCCGAGUGACUGGGUAAAAUAUGAAGGAACAGAUAAAAUCCCUUAUAUGAUUAAAGAAGUUGUUCCAAGUGAUUUUGAUUGUCAUUUACCAAAAAAAACAUAUUUCAACAUUGACAAGUUUAAAGAUGAACUACAUAAAUUUGGAAUAACAUGUGAUGUUUAUCGAAAAUCAUGA